CAGAAAUCCUGAAACUAUACAAGAAUCUUAUGUUGUAUUCUAAGACCCUGACAUUCACUGAUCCGGCGUACUUUAGACGGAGGGUGGCCACGGAAUUUCGUAAUAAUAAAACUUUAACUAAAGAUAAAGAUAUCACGUUUGCCUACCAGAAAGGAGAAGCUCUGUUGCAUCGAGGUGCUGUGGUGUAAAAUGCUGCUCAAUCCAUUGUGCCGUUUGCACGCGGGUGUUGUGUCCCGUGUGCAUGUGGCAUUCAAACACACUAUAGACUAUUCCAAGGUCCCUAAAAUCAAUGAAAGUGAUUUGUCAGAGCAGUUUGUUAGAGGUAGCGGACCUGGUGGCUCCGCUGUCAACAAGAAUGCAAAUUGUGUUGUUCUUACACAUAUUCCUACAGGUCAUGUAGUAAAAUGCCACACAAGUAGAUGUCAAGAUGAAAAUAGGAAAAGAGCUCGCGAGAUGCUAGUUGCAAAGUUAGAUGAAGAGCUGAACGGAGAAGACAGUGUGGCAGCACAGAAGAGAAAAUUAGAAAGCAAUAAGUAUAAAAAAACAGAAUAUAAGAAAAAGAAGAUGGCACAGUUAAAGAGUGAGUGGAAGAAACGGGAAGGCUUGGCCUAAAGCCCUAGAAACUGGAUUGUAAUAUCUGCUUGUUCCAAAGAUAAACUCUGCUUAUUAGAUUUAAAAAUUCUAUGUACUUAAAUUGUUUACGUCUGGUUGGAUUGAAAAUGAGAAAACUCACUAUGGCUUUUACCAUCCUAGGUGGUAUUUGUGAUGGCAUGUUGUGCUACAGGUUUAGUACAAGUACUUUUUAUGCAUUAUUAAAGUAUGUUGAGGUUGUUGUUUUGAUGUACCAUUUGUAUCUAUGAUUAUUACAAAACUACUGGAUUUUCCCCUUUCCACUCUCUUUAUUAUCAAUAAAAUGCCAUACAAUAGUAA